AUGGCAGACAGAUACUCAUUUUCCCUCACAACAUUCUCGCCUAGCGGCAAACUCGUCCAGAUAGAAUAUGCCCUCAACGCAGUAAAUCAAGGUGUCACGUCGUUAGGCAUAAAAGCAACAAACGGCAUCGUCCUCGCCACUGAGAAGAAGUCAUCAUCUCCCCUAAUCGAUCCUCCUUCCCUGUCGAAAGUAUCCCUCAUCACACCCAAUAUCGGCAUGGUCUAUAGCGGCAUGGGCCCCGACUAUCGAGUCCUGGUCGACAAAGCCCGCAAAGUUUCACACACGAACUACAAGCGCAUCUAUAAUGAAUACCCACCGACGCGGAUAUUGGUCCAGGACGUGGCAAGGGUCAUGCAAGAGGCUACACAGUCUGGUGGUGUUCGGCCAUACGGCGUGAGUUUGCUGAUAGCCGGAUGGGAUGAUGGGAUUGAACCCGAGACUACUGCUGCAAAAGAGGGUGAGACCGAGGCAGAGGCAAAAUUGGCAAGCAGGAAAACGGGCGGCAUCCUCAAAGGAGGACCCAGCCUGUACCAGGUCGAUCCUAGCGGCAGUUAUUUCCCUUGGAAGGCCACAGCAAUUGGGAAGAGUGCGACAAGUGCGAAGACAUUCUUGGAGAAGCGAUAUAAUGACUCUCUAGAGCUGGAGGAUGCCAUUCACAUUGCGCUGCUAACUCUCAAAGAGACCAUCGAGGGGGAGAUGAAUGGCGACACAGUCGAGAUCGGCAUCGUGGGUGAGCCUGCAAACCAUCUCCUCGGGUAUGAGGGUGUGGAGGGAUCGGUGGGCCCACGGUUCCGCAAGCUCAGCAAAGAGGAGAUAGAAGACUAUCUGACGAAUCUGUAA